CUAACCCUUAAGCUAGGCCUAGUUUAAGAUACAAAUUUUCAAAAAGAGGUUUUCAAAAUCUUAAACUUACCUUCGCUUAAGGUCAUCCAGAAACCGAACAGCGGAAUGCUCACUGUCGGGUUGGGUGGUAUCCCCAAACGAGUUCCUCUAGUUUGUAGGAUCGAUUGGCAUGAUCCCAAUCAUGUCCACCCCUACUCCUACGCCAACGACAACAAUGUUCCCAGGCUCGAUAACAGCCUGGGGGAGCAUUCACACCAUAUCCAUCAAGUUGGGCUCAAUUUGCUGCUGACCCGGCGAAUGCUCAGGCUCUACAUGGCUAUCAACAGGGAAUCUGAGACGAUUCACCUAGACGAGGAGGAAGCUGAAAGCCAACCCAAAGCAUCGGCAUAUACCAGGCUCUCAUACGAUAAGGAUGAUCUGGACAAGAUAGGGAGAGUAGCGAGAAAGCUGCGUGCCCUAGAAGAAAAGGUAGAAGAGAAGGUGGGAGCAAAGAAGCAUACCCUGGCAAAAUCCCCUUUUUCGGCCAGGGUACAUGCACAUAAACUGAGGCAGAAGGUCAAGCUGUACAUGGAGAAGUUCACAGGAAAGGAGGAUCCAAACGUCCACCUUGACACCUUCCACAAUGCAGCACAGAUGGCCGGGUGCACUGAUGUUAAGGAGUUUUUCCGCAAGAAGUACCAGGACAACUGCAUUAAAAGAAAGAAAUUCACCUACCUAAACACGGUAGGGCAAAGGGAGAAGGAGUCCUUGAUUCAGUUCAUGACCCGCUGGAGGGACGAGGUCGAUAAGGUAGAAGAGAUGGACGACAAAACGGCCAUGUCUUUGCUAAUGAAUGCCUUCCGGUCGGGUGAUCUCUACACCGAAUUCUGUAGGAGGCCACCCUCCUCUUACCAAGAAGCCUCCAAUACGGCAUGGGAGUAUUCCGAGGCGGAGGUCUUGAAUAAGAGCAAGCGGGAAUUGGAGGAAGGCGAUACAAGGGUGAAAGCCGAUAAGCCGAAGAGGGACGACCAGACGGGAGGAUCCAAACCAAAAGCCACAUAUGACGAGUCUGUCCAUCAAAUAAGGGACGAGAAGAAGGGAGAACAACCCAAGAGGCCUUGGACGGAGAAGUGGUGUACCUACCACCAAUCUGACUCCCACAAUACGGCGGUGGACUGCCGAAAUGUCAAGGCCAUGCUCAAGGAGAUGGCCUUGAGGGCAGAGCUGGGGGAAGGUUAUGCGACGGGGAAGAAGAAGGACCUAAAAGCGAACACCUGGACCCGUCCUUAGGAAAAAAGACCAGGGAAGGAGAAUAUCUAGGAAGGAUAACAAUAAGCCGGAGAAGGAGUUUAUCGAAAUGAUCGUUCCCGGCCUAGAAGGCGGGGAUACUUCCUCCCAACGGAAGAACUGGGCAAUGAGUCUACAUGUGUCGGUGGUUUCCCUGGAACCACAGGGG